CAUCCCAAGAAAGAGCCAAACAAAGGUUGAAAGGUCCCCCAGGAGGUCACGAAUGCAGUAACAAUGGCGACAAAAGAAAUAAAAGGAAGCGACAUAGAUGGGAGAUUAUUGGAGCCAUAACCCACUUCACUUCACUACCAAACGCUGCAAACCCCACAAAACUCCAAAAUCAAAAGAAAUUUCCAAUCCGCCAAAACAUCCAACGGGUCGGGUCGGCAAAUUCACGGCUUCUCUCAUCUUUCUUCCCCAUCUCCUUUUCACCAGUCCCUUUCUCCAUCUCUACUCUGUCAUUUCCAUGAAUAGUCACCUCUACCGUUUCCUCCUUCUGAAGGCACACAAAUCCCAAGUGGGUCGGGCGGCCGGGUUCUGAUGCAUUAAAUGCGGGUGUCCUGCUUUUGCUUUGCUUCCUUCUCUCCCAGUUUGACGCUGCCUGCAUUUGAAGGAAAAAUUUAAGAGAAAUAUUGGGUGGUUGUCGGAAAUCUCUGUCUGUUUGAGGAAAUUCAGGUCUGACCAGAUUUUGAAGGUGCAAAAUGGAGGGGAGGAUUAAGAAAUAUAGUCAAGUGAGCCCGGAAAGAGCAAAAGUAUGGACUGAGAAAUCGCCCAAGUAUCACUACAAUCAUCAGUGCAAUCAGCAGCAGCAGCAGCAGCAGCAGCUACAGCAUAAUGGGAAAGUACCAGUAGUUUACUAUCUAUGUAGGAAUAGACAACUCGAGCAUCCACACUUCAUGGAAGUCCCCUUGUCUUCCACUGAUGGCCUUUACUUAAGAGAUGUGAUAGAAAGGCUCAAUGCUCUGAGAGGCAGAGGCAUGGCUUCGAUGUACUCUUGGUCUUGCAAGAGGAGUUACAAGAAUGGGUAUGUAUGGCAUGAUCUUUGUGAUGAUGAUUUAAUCCUUCCGGCUCAUGGUAAUGAGUAUGUGCUCAAGGGUUCCGAGCUCUUUGAAGAUUCGAAUUCUGGUCGCUUUAGCCCUGCUGGGACUUUUAUAUUACAGAAUCAAAAAGCACUACCAGAACCACCGUCCUCUAGAAGCCAGGAGGAAUCAUCGUCUUCAUCUAGCUUGAACGGCAGAACUACAAAGAGUUCUCAGGAUGAUGAGCUAUCUCCUCCGGUUCAGCGUCCAUGCUCAUCAACUGUGUCCCCAGAAUCGAGCAUCGAGAAAACUUCCUCUUGGAAUGGUUCUCUAAGCCUGACAGAGUACAAGGUUUACAAGAAUGAUGGUCUAGCUGAUGCGUCCACUCAGACUGAAGAAAAAGCCAGCAGAGUUGUUGAAACUCGAGAUACUUGUACAAGAGGGGUUUCAACUGAUGAUGGUACAUUGGAGAACGACAGUCGUGGAACUCACCAAAUCCAAGUCUCUCGGGUAAAACCAACUCCAGAGAUUUGCAGAGACGUUGUUUCACCACCUCCAUCGACGUCCAGUGCUUCGUCAUCAAGUGGUAGGACAGAUACAUUGGAAUCUCUCAUCCGAGCUGAUGUGAGGAAGCUCAACAGCUUUAGAAUUCUCGAAGAAGAGGAAUUUCGAAUGCCAUCUGGUACAAAGUUUAAGGCCUCGAAUAUGAUAAUGCAACUGAUAUCUUGUGGUUCAAUUUCAGUGAAAGAUCACAGCUUUGGCUUGAUCCCUACCUACAAACCUAAAUUCUCACAUUCCAAAUUCCCCUCCCCGUUGUUCUCGACGUCAUUAAUGUUCGGAGAGCUUGAUUGCCUGGCAGAGAACCCUCGUCUAACGAGCAUGAGACUGGAAGAUAAAGAAUACUUUAGUGGGAGUUUGGCUGAAACAACUACUCUCAAGGAAAAUGUACCCACACUUCAGAGAUCUUCUUCUUACAAUGCUGACCGAAGUACUCAGCAACUUGAUCCUAAUGAAGACAAGGAAGAGGGAAGUUCCACAACAUCGAAGUGUGUUCCUAAAUCGAUCAUGGCUUCACUGAGCAAGCAGCCAAGAAGUGAAUCAAUGAGAUCUCCUCUUUCUGAGGGGCCUAGAAUCUCAUCGGAGAGAGCAGCAAGUUCACGGACCAUUACACCCGGCACAUCAAAUGGUGGGAGCAGGAGAAUGACGGAACCAUUCUCUGGCAAAGAACAAUCCGGAAAACCAGAUUCUUCCAGAAACGACAAGGAGAACGUCAUCAAAAUUGAAGAAAGGCUUGCUUCAGGAGCUCGGGUUAUAAUACAAUCGAAGGUAUCUUCUGACAUCGAGGGUAACUCCUAGAAUACGCGCCUUAAGGUUAAGAAUUGGAGUUUCAACAUAAUCCAUGGAGAUUAUGUGUUUAUACUGUAAAACGCCCUUGAUUUUUACUGAAUUUUAUCAUACACUUGUGUUAAAUCAGGAACUGAAAAAACGAGUAGGUUCAGGUCUUUGGCUAUUCAGCUGCAUUUUUGUGUUAUUGACACUAUUUCUUGAGUAAAUUCUUCUACAUUCUUUC